AUAUUUAGAAGCUUUCAAUUACAUAAUAUAACGUAAUGAUAGGCAAAGCUGGUGCCAACUUAAUCGGCAUUGUGGUUUUUGUAAUCGUUGUGGUGCUAGUGGUAGGCAUCAUUUUUCAUUUAUGGGAUGACACGCAAAAAAAGAAUGCAUCCUUUAUUCCGUUGAACGUGGCAAGGACCAUAGAAGACAUGGAGAGGGAAAAGCCUAUUCGGUUCACCGCUAAACAACUGAGAAUAGCCACAGACAACUUCAACUUCGAAUUGGGUUCAGGUGGCUUUGGGACGGUUUACAAGGGUGUGUCUUCCAACGGAGUGACUCUAGCCGUGAAAGUAUUGAAUGGGAGCUCAGACCAAACAAUUGAGGAACAGUUUAUAGCGGAAGUGAGCACUAUGGGAAGAACUCAUCACUUUAACCUUGUCAGACUUUACGGGUUUUGCUUUGAAAAAAGCUUAAUAGCUAUUGUAUACGAGUUUAUGGUUAAUGGCUCGUUGGAUAACCACUUGUUUAAAGCAAAAAAAGGGGCUGUGAUAACGUUUGAGAAGCUUCACGAGAUCGCAUUGGGAACCGCAAGAGGCAUUGCAUACUUGCAUGAAGAAUGUGCUCAAAGAAUAGUUCACUAUGAUAUUAAACCAGGAAACAUAUUGUUGGAUUCAAAAUUUUGUGCAAAAGUAGCUGAUUUUGGUUUAGCAAAACUUUGUAAUAGGGAAAACACUCACAUAACCUUGACAAGAGGACGGGGCACCCCUGGCUAUGCUGCUCCCGAGCUCUGGAUGCCUCUCCCAGUUACACACAAAUGUGAUGUUUAUAGUUUCGGGAUGUUACUUUUUGAGAUCAUUGGAAGAAGGAGAAAUAUGGACGUGACUCUUGGUGAUAGUCAACAAUGGUUCCCGAUAUGGGUGUGGGACAAAUAUGAAAAAAAACAAGUGAACGAUUUGAUGGUUGUUUGUGCGAUUGAAGAGAAGGAUGAAGAAGUUGUGGAGAGGAUGCUAAAGGUGGCUCUUUGUUGUGUUCAGUAUAGACCAGACACUAGACCGGUGAUGAGCAUUGUUGUGAAAAUGUUGGAAGGUGCAUUAGAGGUGCCUGAGCCUUUAAAUCCUUUUUCGUAUAUGUUUGCAGGGUUUGAACAAAAUGAUUCUUUGGCUCGAAUGGCAUGGAAUGUUGGUAGUUCUGAUCAGUCAUCAUCUACCAAAUCUAAUGUGGUCAUGGUGACGCCUGUCAUGAGUAGAUAUGAGAUCACAAUGGCCUCGGGUUAAUCAUAUGGGUGUACCUCUCAUGGCUACGUUUAACUGUAUUUAGGCCUCUUAAGGUGAGUAUUUACUUUUUAAACUGAGUAUUCGCUAGUUUGAAUUUGUAUUAUGUGAUACAUGGUCUUUCAAUAAAGUUUGAAGGCAAAAUUAUCUACUA